GAUACGUUUUUACACCUGAUUUUGUACGUAAGAGGAUAUCCCUUCCAGGCUCCGUUUUAUUUAUUAUUUAUAUCCGUGUAAACUGCAGUCUUGAUAUAAAAACACUGAUGGUCGAUAAUUUGGCGUUGCUUUGAGGGCCCCGGGGACAUCUGCGAAGCAUUAUAAAGUCACAUCAAACCUCCGUUUACAUUCAGCGACAUGGCUCGACCACGGCCGCGAGAAUACAAGGCAGGAGAUUUGGUUUUCGCCAAGAUGAAGGGAUACCCGCACUGGCCCGCGAGGAUUGAUGAACUUCCAGAAGGUGCUGUCAAACCACCUGCCAACAAGUAUCCCAUCUUCUUCUUUGGGACCCAUGAAACUGCAUUCUUAGGUCCAAAGGAUCUUCUACCUUACAAGGAGUAUAAAGACAAAUUUGGCAAAUCCAACAAGAGGAAAGGUUUCAACGAGGGCCUGUGGGAGAUCGAGAACAACCCUGGAGUUAAGUUCACAGGCUAUCAGACCGUUCAGCAACAGAGUUCAUCAGAAACAGAAGAGGGUGGUAAUGCUGCUGAUGGUAGUAGCGAAGGAGAAGAGGGUGACUCUGCCGGUGAAGAAGAUGAGAAGGAAAAGCCGAAAGGAGAAAAGCCUGCAUCUAAACGGAAAAAGACAGCCACCUCCAAGAAAUCUCUUAAGCUGUCAAGGAUUUCAGAGCAUGAACGGGACAAGGAUGAGAAAGACAACAACCAAAAGAGCAGCUCAGAGGGAGGAGACCCCAGCAACAACAUCAUCCAGAAUACCACUGACAGUAAGCUCUCUGCAGGUCAUUCAUCAGGUGUGUUCUGGGAUUUUUGCUCACCAUUCUCAUGAUCAGUUUGACCCCACGGGAUGAAGUCUUGCGUGGAGCCCUAGACCAAGGGAGAUUAUCAAUGACCUUGUAUGUCUUCCAUUUUGUGAUAAUUACUCCCACAGUUGAUUUGUUCACGCCAAAGUUGCCUACUGUAUUGUGGAUUCGCUCCUGGUGUUUGACAGCUCUUUGGUCUUGGCCAUGAUGGAGUUUGGAGUCUUUUAUAAAGAGUUCAAACAGGUGCCAUUAAUACAGGUAAAAAGAGGAGGACAGAAGAUCUUCUUAAAGAAGUUGUUACAGGUUUGUAAGAGCCAGAAAUCUUGUUCGUUUGUAGGUGACCAAAUACUUAAUUUACUCAGGAAUUUAUAAAUAAAUUCCUUAAAAAUUAUACAGUGUAAUUUCCUGGAUUUUCUUUUCCACAUUCUGUCUUUCAAAGUGUACCUAUACUGAAAAUUCCAGACCUCUGUCAUCAUUUUAAGUGGGAGAACUUCACAAUUGAUGGCUGACUAAAUACUUUUUUCCCCUUUGUACAUUACACUACUUUAUUGCAUUUUCUUGAGCUGUGGUAACACCAAUAGAGUUGUUGACUCUGCACAAGGAAAUUGAUGGUCUAAAUCAUAGUAAUAAAGCAAGAAAUUUCAUAAACUCUUGACAGUGUUUCAAUUGAAAACCAUUCUAGUGACUACCUUGUACCUUGUGUGAAAUCAAUGUGUCACGAACUGUAGCUACAAACUCAUAUUUGAAAAAUCAUGAGUUACAAUAUAUAUUCUAAGUUGUUCACACUACGAUAUUCUACAUUUGUUAUUUCUAUGUUUUCAUUAUAAAUACAAAAUAAGAAAAUUACAAAAAAUCACUGAAGAACGUGGGUUUGAGUGGUAGUGUAGUUAACUAAGGCUUUGUUAAGAUCUUUGUUUAUUUUAUAUCACCAGAGUCAUGGCACAAAAUUGCUUAAUUUUUAUUGCAAGCUGAUUAUGAGCACUUUCAUCACUCUCAUAGGUCUCAAUUUGGUGUCAUUGAACUCACAGGUGUGUUCUACCUGUAAUGGUGAGUCUGCAGCAGCCCAGCUGAGACCCAACCUGUUGCUCUGCUCCCCCAAUAAAAAGUAGAAGAAUAAAAAUAAAGAAGAAAGAUAAGAAUAGUGCUAUUGCUCUCACUAAUUAUGGGGUACCAUACUGUUUUCAGGAAACCAAAUGAGAAAAAAUGACCUCUAUCUAAAGGAUUAAAGGACGCUGCCAGAGGGCGCUCAUGUCUUAUUUUGUUUUGAUACAGUGACGUCUUUGUUUAUUUUUGUGAUUCCUUGAUUGUGACGUCGCUUCCUGUUGGUCCUGUCUCGUAAUUAGUUCCAUUAUGUGCACCUGUUUAGUUUGGUAUUUAAGUUCCUGUUUGUUAGAGGGAAAAAUGGCAAGUAUUCAUAAAAGAGGGAGUUGGACGGGGAGAGGAGGGGAGGAGUAAUUAGUUUUGGGUGGAAAGGGUGGGAAUGGGCAAGGAGCUUGGGAGUAGGAGACAGGGAGGUGGAUGUGAACAGCUAUAUUUCCGAUAUUCGUUUUUGUAGAGUGGAAGAACUGAGUGGGAGAUUUUGAUCUGGGGAGGAGGAAAAGGGAGAAUGAAAAUGUGAACAUGGUUGAUCGGUUUCGUAACAUAGUGGAAUCAAAAUAUAAAGACUGAUUUAGUGUUUACUGAUGAGUCUAAAAAUCCAAAAUCAGGGAGAACUGGUGCAGGGGUUGCUGUACAUAUGCUGUACAUAGAUUUUGGAUGGAAAUAGGUGUCAGAAUAUCUGAUCAUAUAAAUGUGUUUACUGUAGAGUUGUUUGCGAUAUUGAUGGUAUUCAGAUGGGUGGAAAGUGGAAUGGGAAUAAGAAAAUACUUAUUUGCAUCGACUCAAUAGAAGCAUUACAAAGUAUUAGUACUGAAAAUUCAAGGUAUCACCAGGAUUUAUUCUCUGAGGAAUUGGAGUUAAUAUCUGGGAGUAGUGAGAGGAAGUGAGUGUUGUUGUGGGUUCCAGGACAUGUGGGCAUCACAGAAAAAGCAUAAUGUGGACAAAGAUUCUGGAGAAAUCAAAUGAGGAGUUGGAAAAAGAAUGUAAAAGGCAGGAAGUUGAAUAAAAUUCAAGAGAAGGUGGGGGAGCGUGGAGGAUCAGUUGGAAGCGGAAGGAGAGGUCAAGUCAUGUUGCAUUUGAUAGAGAGGGAGAUGGAGGGAGUAGAGCAUGUUAUUGUGGAAUAUGGGAAAUAAAAUAGAGAGAAGGUGCUGUUGAUAAGAGAUAUGAAACAAGCUGGGGUGAAGGAAGUUAAUAUGGAAAAUAUAUUGUUAAUUGGGGCGAGGGAAGAGGUUUUAGUGUGUUGUUGUGGCUUUUACACACAACUGGGAUCGUUAAUAAGAGUCAAGAUAUUGUGCUAGGGGGGCGGUAAUCCACUGUUAAGAUUGCCUGCCGUUGUUACAGAACACAGAAAAAGAAGUACUGCGUUGGUUCGUUCGUGCCGUAAGUUACGCCAUGUGGUGUCUUGUGCAGUGUUUGUGCCAUCGUGAUUGCAUGACCUUGCUUGCUGAUUUCUACUGUGCUUUGUUGUUCUUGCGUUAUGCUACAUAUUACAUGUUUAGUAGUCUUAGUUUGUGCUUUUAUUAGUGAGCCUUAUGUAAUUUUUUUCACGUUACACUUACUUGUCUGUUUGUGUUUGUUUAUAAAUAAAUGAAAUACACCUAGUUUGUGGGUCGUGGUGUUUUGAGUCCUUUAUAAUAUUUUUCCGUACAAAAUAGUUGUGCAGCCUACCGUUAUUUCAUUUGGCCGGCAAGUGAAGACGUAUCACUCUUAAGUGUUGUUUUCUGUCUGCAAAAGUCACCACAGUCAUAAAAAGUCUUUAGUGUUCCAUGCACUCUGCACCAUGCAUGCACCAUGCAAGACCUCAGCCUCCUCAACAGGAAGAGUGUGCUCUCUCCCUAUUUGAUCCUUGUUGUGUGAUCAGUCCAGCUUAUUAUUCAAGUGAACACCCAGAUAUUUACAAGAGUCUACUCUUUAUGUCCCAUCCCUGGAUGUUCACUAGUGGUGCAAUCUGAGUGCCUGCAGAAGUCCACUGUUAGCGCCUUACUUCUUUGUUAAUCUGAAGGUGGUUCCGCUGACAAGCUGUGACUCAGGUCUCUGUAUUCUUUGUCCCUGUGAU